UUGUUGACAAGCAUUGGCCAACAUCAGCAUCAUGAGCGACUCGGAAGACUACGACGACUACUUUAACGCUGCCUUGUUCCUCAACGAAAACUACACCAACACGGAGUAUGUCUUCAACGACGGCAUCGCGCAAAAUCUCCUGAGCUCCAAGGCCGCGUCGACCGACCACGAUCUCACGGGUCAAGUUGUGUGGCCUGUCUCGAUUCUCCUCUCCUGGUUUGUGGCGGCCAACAACGAGCUUUUCCGCGGCAAGAACGUACUUGAAGUGGGCGCUGGCGCUGGCCUCGCGGGCUUUGUAGCGUCUCAAUUUGCCGCGCACACGGCCAUUACGGACGGCAACGACGUUGUCCUCCGGCUCCUCACGCGCAACGUCGAGCACACGCAGGCGAACUGCAGCAUCCACAAGCUGUUGUGGGGCGAAGAAGACAGCGUUGUCGCCUUCACGCAGGCUUUUGCCCACCCGAUUGACAUUGUCUUGGGCGCCGACGUGGUGUGCUGGCCCAACCUCGUGCUGCCGCUGCUCCGUACCAUCAAGUACCUGAUGCACCAGACGCCCGACAUGUUUGCGACCGUCUUUUACUGCGGGUUUGUCUGCCGCGCCACGAGCACGCGCGACUUGCUCUUCGCCCAAGCCAAGGAGAUGGGGUUUCGCCUCUGGACGGUCGACCACGACACAUUUUUGCCCACGCCGCGGCCCGAGAACGUCCUCUCCGUGAAGGAGCUCUUCUUGCUCGGGUUUCGCCUCGACACGACGUCGCCCGCGGCGACAGAGCCCGUGGCGUUUCUCGACGACUUGGAAAACCUCCAAACCGCAUGCUAGUCGUAGUCUUUAUAGAAUCGACGACGUUUACACCACUUGGUGCGCCAAGAGCGA